AUGCUGCUUUUAGCUUCAGCUUUUUUUCUAACACUACUGCAGUGCUCUAGUGCCCAAAAUGAAAUAAGCAUUACACCUGCAGACUGUAACACCAUUGAAACAGAUGCAGGAGUGGCCCUGGAUUUGGUCAACAGACAUCGCAGAGAUGGUUACGUAUUCGGUUUGUUCCGUGUUGCUGAUGCACAUGAACUACGUUUAGGAAACUCAACGGUCCUCUACCUAACUUUGGAUGUGCUGGAAACGGAAUGCUCUGUCUUAUCCAGAAGACACUGGGAGUCCUGUGACUACAGUGACACCUAUCCAAUGGACUUUGGGCAAUGUAAGAUUAUCACAUAUACAAACCAUCUGCUGAAGAAACCUCAACUAUAUGGAUUUAAUUGUACAUUAAGUCCAGUUCCACCUGACUUAGUAGAGUGCAAAGAUUGUCCUGUGAAACUUGAAGCCUUAGAAGUCACUGAGGAACACAAAGAUAUUGCUGCAAAGGCCCUGAGGAAAUUCAACAGGGAAGGUAACCACACAAACAACUUCGCUGUGGAUAAAGUUGAAAGAGUUUUAAAGAUGACUGCCUCCCGUGAAGGUCACAUUUUAGGAUUCUCUAUAAAAGAGACCAACUGUUCAAAAUCUACGCAGGAAACAGAUCAGGCACUGGAAUGUGAUUUUCUGCAUGACUGGCACGCUCACACCGGAUUCUGCAAGGCAAGAGUUAUCAGUGAUGCAGAUGAAGCUGAUGGAACAGAUAUAAGCUGUGAAAUCUACCAUCCCUGGUUUUCAGACUGUGAUGACCCUGAUGUCUUUAAAGCUGUUGAUGCAGCACUGAAGAAAUACAAUGAAGAUGAAGCAACUGGUACCCAAUUUGCUCUAUAUGUGGUGAUGGAAGCCAAGAGAACUGCAGGUCCUGACCCACAGUUUUAUGUGAAAUACAGAAUACUUGAAAGCACUUGUGCCAGUGAGGAAAACAAACAUUGGCAACACUGUCAUUACAGAGUAUCUGCAGAGGCUAAAACAGGAGAAUGCACAGCUCGAGUUCAUAUGAAUGAUGCUGAUAAAACAACUAAUGUUUCACAAGAGUGCAGAAUUUUCUCAGAUGUGUCAAAGAUAAGACUUACUGAGGCUCCAUGUCUUGGAUGCUUUCAUCCUAUAUCAAGUGAUGGUUCAGAAGUGUCAGAAAUUCUGAAAAAAGCCAUUCAAAAGUUUAACAAGCACAGUGAUGAACCUGCCCUUUUUAAGCUUGCGGAAAUAAAAGAAGCUAAGAGACAGGUGGUAGCUGGAUGGAACUAUGUAAUUAGAUACGAAAUUGAGGAGACUAAUUGCACCAAAGACCAAUUUCAAGAUUUAACUCCAGAAUGCAAAAUCACUUCUAGAGGUCGUGUAGCUAAAUGUGAGGCCAAAGCAUUUCAGAAUCUUCACGCAGAGAUCGUAGAUACCAUGAGUGACUGCAAGCUUCCAGUUGAAGAAACAGUAGUUGCUGCCAUUUGCCCAGGUUGUCCAAGGACUAUCCCAACUGACAGUCCAGAACUGAAGGAGCUACUGAAGGUUUCUCUAGAGAAGUAUAAUUCAGAGAGCGAUGAUGACUUCUACUAUAAAGGUGGAGAAAUACAAUCAGCGACAAUUCAGGUGGUUGCAGGAAAAAAGUAUCGAGUAAAAUUUACAGUCUGGAAGACAAACUGCUCUAAGAGUGAGUUUGAGAAACUUAAUGAAGACUGUACAGCCACAUCAGACAGUGCCUCACUGUCAUGCGAUGCACAAAUUCACGUGAUCCCAUGGCAGAAUAAAAUCUAUCCCCAGGUGAACUGCUCUGAAGAGCACCAAGCGAUGUUCUAUGCAAGGAGGCCUCCUGGAUUCACACCUUUCCGGAGCACUGUCAUGCUAAGCCAGCCACACGCAGUUUCACAGGCUGAUAAAAAUGAAGGAGAAAGUCAAAGCCCCAGCACAGAAACAAGGAAAGACAAUGGACAGGAACCAGAAGGUGAAGAUCGCCCAGAAUCUCCUCGCCCCAGAUGUCCUGGAAAACCAUGGAAACAACUUGUGGGCUUUCCAGCCCCUCCUAGCUUUCCCAGAGAAUUCACAAAUGAGGAUCUCUUGCCUUCUGCAGCAGGAAACAUCGAUCCAGCUACAGAAAACAACGAGAAAGACUUUGAUCUCACAGAUGCUUUAGCAUAAUUCAAACAUUGCAGGAUCCUUUUCAGAUAUGUUAUAUAGAAUAUAAGAAAAAUACCGCCUUUUGAAAUGUAUAAAAUGCAGAGAGGCAAAAGCUCAUAUUCUGUUAGCUGAAAUACUCAAGUAGGUCACCAGCACUUCUGGGGACCUAAGACCAUAUGGCAAUACUGUGCAUUUGCAUAUAUUUGCAAAUAUGUAAAUCUGUGUAACUCAUCUGCCUCAAUUUUCUAUAAGCACAAACUGAAUCACUGCAUCAAAUCUUACUGUAUUAUUUCUAAAAGAAUGGCAGAAAGAAUUUUGCAGAUUACACUAAGAAUCUUGACCAAAUAUCAGUAAAACAAGUCAAUAUAGAAGAGAGCCUCUCUUAGAGAUGUGAAAUAUUUUUUCUUUAAUUUACUGGAGUGGAUCAUUUAAAGAACAAAAUAAAACAAAGGAACCUUUUAA